AUGAUUCGAACUUGUCAUAUUCAAUACGAUUUUUAUCAAGAUCUUUCAAUAGAAGAACAAUAUCGAGGAAAUACUUUAGAACCAUCCUUUUAUAUUAAUGUAGAUAUUACACCAGAAUCUAUUAGAGAAUAUAGAAUUCAAAAGCAAGAAAGUAUCAACAAUAAAAAUAAGAAUGUACAAUAUAAAGUUGUAAGCGAUUAUGAGGGUGAUUAUUGCGGAACAUCGCAAGAAAACCAAUUUAGAAAGGUUUCGGAACGAAUUUAUGAAGCUACUUUGGACAACGAAAAAUACCAAUUUCAAACACCAAUAGAAGAUUUAACAAAUUCGAUCAAUUGUUUAAAUAUUAAUUGGAGCGCAAUAGCUAAAUUUCCAGAUGGAUAUAUAUUAGGUGAUCAAACAGGUUCAAUUCAUACAUAUGAUACUCAAUGGAAAUCAAAAAACAUAUUGAAGAAUGUUCAUAAAGAUGAAAUCACAUCGUUAAGAUGUUUUCCCAGCGGAAGUGUUCUAUUAUCCGCAUCUAAUGAUAUGCAAAUCAAAUUGUGGUCUUUAUUGGAUGAUUCAAAUCCACGUACAUUUAUUGGACACACAGCUGGUAUUACAGAUACGGCAUUACUUGGUAGAGGAAGAAAUUUUCUAUCUUCCGGACGUGAUGGCACUAUCCGAUUAUGGGAGUGUGGUUCUGGCCAAAAUAUUUACACGUUGACAAGAAAAGAGACCCCUUAUGAUCCUGUCAAUUCAAUUAUUCUCUUUGAUGGAGAAAAUCAGGGCAAGAAAGAAAAAGACAAACAAGGAUUAAAAAGCCAUGAAUUGGAAUUUGAAACAGAAGGUAAACAAGUUGCAGCAGCUCAUGAAUCUGGUGUUAUUACUUUUCAUGAUCUUUACACAAAAAAAGAACAAUUACAAUUACCAAAUGAAUUCAUAUCAACAUGUAAUGUAGUUGCAAAUAAUCUCGAUAUGAAUAAUUAUUAUUUAUUUGCAGGUUAUGAGAAUGGUGUAGUGGCACAAUGGGAUAUUAGAAGUCCAAAUAAAUCACUAUCACAUGUAAAAUUAGAAGGUACACUUAACUCUAUUAACACAAUGGUAUGGUCCGGAUCUUCUCCAUCAUAUUCUUACGAUCAAAGCUCACUUUACAUUUCUGCUGGAAUAGAUACAAGUUUAAGAAUAUUGUUAACUGCAGAAGGAAUAUUACCAAUAGAGUCUGUGCCACAGUUUUUAGUUUGUGAUGAUUAUAAAGUGACACAAUACCUGGUUAUACAAGAUUCAGAAAAUAUGACACAGGUUAAGAAAGACUUAAGUGAAAAAAAUGAAGUUGUAGCCAUUGGAAAUAGGGGUUUUAUUUCCAUAUAUCAAGAUUUAUUAGUCAUGGAAUAG